CUAACCUAACCUACCUAGUAAUAAGUGCCAGCCCCUUGAGACUUGGAUAUUUGUGAAAGACUCUCUCUCGUCUUGUUCUAGCCUUUGCUUUGAGUGAUACCCCCUGUCCCCCACAAACUGCCGUCUUGCUGGACCCCAGUCAUCUAGACAAAUGAAGUUAAGAUCCCGAGGUCACCCUUCGGCUGUACCACUAGAGCUUAGUGGACUCUGUCGCCUUUUGCUUUUCCCUCUAUUCAAUUUUCUGAGAGUACGAUGGCUGCAAUCGCAGCAGCGUCGGUAGCUGCCACAGCCGCCGGUCUCACGUACCUCGACGGGAAAUACCAUCUGCGACAGGAUUGGCAGAUCAUCCGCUCAAGAAACAAAGGCGCAAAGCAAUUACAGAAAGCGAUCCAAGAAAAGCGUGUCUCAUCUUAUUAUUUCUUCGAGAAGCAUGCACAGUCCCAACCCGGUAAGGAGUGCAUCUGGUCGCGCCAGGGCAGUUAUACGUACGCCGAGACGUACUACCGCGCGAACCAAUAUGCCCAAUGGUUCCUACGCGACGGCGGCGUCAAGCCUGGCGACCUUGUAGCCUUCUUUAUGGCCAAUAGCCCGGAAUUCGUUUUCGCCUGGAUGGGUUUAUUAGCCAUCGGCGCCGCCCCCGCCCUCAUCAACCAUAACUUGACCAAGCAAGCUCUGUUGCAUUGUCUGGGCAUCGCCGAGGCCAAACUAGUCCUCGCCGAUGGUGCACCACAGUUACUCGAGCGUCUCGACGCGGUUCAAGACGAGCUGGCCGCCCAAGACGUGCGCGUCGUGAAGCUCGCCGAUGUUCGGCAUGAAAUCAACGCCACCAAGGGCGAACGGCCACCCGACAACAUACGCGACGAUAAUGUCCGGCCGAACUCGGCAUUCGGUCUAUUUUACACCAGCGGUACGACUGGCCUGCCAAAAGCCUGUGUCCUCCCCGCAGCGGCCGGCUUCGGGUAUGGCUCGAGCAAAGACUGCGGAUUCUCGUACGUCAAGGGCGAAAACCAGCGCUACUAUGAUUGUAUGCCGCUCUACCACGGCACAGGCGGCAUCAGCGGCAUGACCCAGCUCCUGACGGGCCAGACGCUGUGCAUCGCGCCCAAGUUCAGCGCCUCCGGGUUCUGGGACGACAUCAGGGAGAGCCGUGCCACCUGGUUCGUCUACGUGGGCGAAACCCUGCGAUACCUUCUCGCCGCGCCGCCCUCGCCGCGCGACAAGGACCACAAUGUGCACUCCAUCUACGGCAACGGCCUGCGGCCCGACGUUUGGAAGGCGUUCCGGGACCGCUUCGGCAUCGAGACGAUCCACGAGUUCUUCAACUCGACCGAGGGCAUCAUGCCCCUGGACAACCCCGCGCGCGGCGAUUUCCGCGCUCACGCCGUCGGCCACCACGGCUUCCUGCAGCGGUGGCGUUUCCACAACGUCUUCGUGCCGGUCGAGAUCGACGUCGACACGGGGGACAUCGCGCGGGACCCCAAGACCGGUUUCGCGCGCCGCGUGCCGUAUUCCGUCGGCGGCGAGAUCCUCGUGACGCAGCCGCCCACCAUUACCCCCGGCUUCCCGGGAUACUACCGGAACGAAGAAGCCACGUCUAAGAAGUACGUGCGCGACGUGUUCCGCAAAGGGGAUUUAUACUACCGAACAGGCGACGCGCUGCGGCGCGACGACGACGGACGCUGGUUUUUCCUGGACCGGUUAGGUGACACGUUCCGGUGGAAGGGCGAAAACGUGUCUACGGCCGAGGUAUCUGAGGUAUUAGGACGCCACCCGGGGGUAAGCGAGGCGACGGUAUACGGCGUAUCGCUGCCGAACCACGACGGCAAGGCUGGUAUGGCGGCCAUCUACAUCGAUCCCGCCGCCAAGAACUUUGAUUACCACAGUCUACUGAAACACGCCCGGACCCAUCUCCCCAAGUACGCCGUCCCCAUUUUCAUCCGCCGCAUCGCCGCUCGCUCUGCUACCCACAACAACAAGCAGGACAAAGUCCCGCUCAAGCGCGCGGGCGUGGAUCCGGCUCAGACGGGGCCCGAUCCCGUUUUCUGGGUCGCUGAUCAUGGUAAGGGCGACACCUACGUGCCUUUUACCCAAAGCGAUUGGGACGCGCUUAAGGGCGGCCGUGCAAAGUUGUAAUGCCAUGAGACGUUUUUAGUUAGGUUUUUGGCCGUUGGAAACGGGGUGGUGUAAGAAUUCUAGGCAAAUUUCCAUAUCAUCUGCCCAUUUAUACUAUAUACGCAUCUUAGAGUUUACGUAAAUAGCGGGCUAAUGUUAGUAUACGUGGCAAAGACCACAUGAGAGGAAAGGGAUAGCUACGAAGGGAAAUGCUCAAAGUCGCCUAGAUAUACACAUUAGACGUAUAGGAACCUAUGCGGAUUUUCGCACUGAAUA